GUACAUUUCUCUAGAAAAAAAUUUUAUAUAAUUUAUAAAUAUAUUUUUAUAUAAUUCUUAAAUAUAUUUCAUGACAGAGCGAAUAAUGCAAUGUUCACUAUCUCGUCACGUGCAUAACUGAUGAUUGAUGAUGGUAAAACGAUCAUUAGAGACUAGAAUAGAUUAGAUAGUAACAUUGAGAAUUAUUUUUCAUUUUAAAGUUUUUUCGAUGAUUGCUCAAAACCCGUAUUAUCUUGCAUUCUACGCUUUCCAACUAUUUUGUUCAGAGGUCAUGUAAUUUAUUUAGAAUACCGAGUGGAAAGGGAAAUGUUUAUUCAGAUAUCGCAGACGAUGCGUCUUCUUAAUCUUUUGUCUCGUCUUGUCGCCUUCCACAAAUACCUGCCAAUAAUGUGGCCACGUUGCAUCAGCGGCAGACGAUCCGCGUGACGCGACGAUUUAGAGCACAUGCGCGAUGUACAAUGCGGAAGACGCAACUUUAUAAUCUCUGUUUGUUUGCCGUCGGCGACAUGCACCUCACCCAUGAUUAAAUUAUCAAAAUGUAGCUGCAACGAUAACAACUUGUCCUCGAAAGUUGUCUCCGUGAUACGUAUAAGAUCUGCGCAUUGAACCAACUUCUUCAUAUUGUUGUGGAACAUGCCGUUCGAUUGAGACGCGCGCUGUGCCUUUGAAUUCGUCGCAAUAAAAUUUCCGUGUCAUUGUACGAUAUCGGCACUUUGAUACAGAAUUUCACAAAAUUGAAGCAAAGAGACAUCAUGUUGGAGAUAAAAGUGCUAGACGGUGGAUUUUCCACGCAGCUGUCCACUCACGUGGGUGAAAAGAUCGACGGUGAUCCUCUGUGGACCGCACGCUUCCUCAUUACGGAUUCGAACGCUGUCUUCGCUACUCAUUUGGACUUUUUACGAGCUGGCGCCGACAUUAUACAGACGAACACGUAUCAAGCGACAAUUGAUGGCUUCAUAAAAUAUCUGGAAGUCACUGAAAAAGAGGGUCUUCAGAUAAUCCACAAAGCUGUUGAUUACGCCAAGGACGCGUUAAAUGUUUACAUCGAAGAAAUAAAGGAUGACGCAAACGUGACGAACCGAAAACCAUUGAUCGCUGGAUCGUGCGGUCCUUAUGGCGCCAGUUUGCACGAUGGCUCAGAGUACACUGGUUCGUACGCCACACGUGUAUCGCGAGAAUUUUUAAUCGAUUGGCACAGGCCUCGUAUACGGGCGCUAUUAGACGAAGGCGUUGAUCUAUUGGCUAUAGAAACGAUACCUUGCGUACGCGAGGCAGAGGCUGUAAUCGAUUUGCUCAAGGAAUUUCCAAAUGCACGUGCGUGGUUGUCGUUUUCUUGUAAAGACGACGGGAAGAGUCUAGCAGAUGGUGGCAAUUUUCAGGAGAUCGCUGUGCGAUGUUACAAAAAUGCGCUACCUGGACAGAUAAUAGCAAUCGGCGUUAACUGUAUCGCUCCAUAUUUGGUCACCACCUUAUUUAAAGGCAUCAAUAAAGGCAGCACAGACGACCUUAUACCAUUGGUGGUAUAUCCUAAUAGCGGCGAAAGGUAUGUGGUAUCUGAGGGAUGGAAAAAGGAAGGUGAAACUCCGUCUUUGCACGAAUUCAUUGACGAAUGGCUGGAUCUCGGCGUACGUUACAUUGGAGGAUGUUGCAGGACAUAUGCUACAGAUAUAAAAAAAAUAAGAGCCAAAGUGGACCAACAUAGAGAUACAAUAAUUUAACGAACAUUGAUAAUAAUAUUCUAUGUAAUUUCCAUGACAGAUAUAAAAGUAUGCCUAAUGUUUGUCAUAUUAUAUAUUUUAAACAGCAAAUUGUUUGUGUUUUAACAGAAUUACGUGCCAUAAUAUUCCUUUUAAGAAUUUUUAUAUUUAUAUGUAUAAAAUAUUCAUUAAGCAUAUCAAGGUUACUGAAGUAUAUCAAAUUUAAUGAAUAUUUUUUAUUGAUAAAUAAAUAUUGUACAAAGGCCUUACAUGGUCUUCUUUUCAUAGAGAUAUACGUGAAUUACUAUUAAUCUGAUAUUUGCCUUCAUUGUGAAAAUAAUUUGGUAUAUUUUUGUAUAACAAUCAGUAGCAAAUUUAAGUUUUUGGAAUCGAAGUUAUUUGUGAAAGGCCCUUUUAGGAAGGGAGCGAGAGGCAAUAGAUCUACUUUUUUUACAUUUAAAGAAUCAUUUUGAACUUAAAAAACCUUGCAUUUGACGCAUAAAAUUGCAAAAAAACAAUCUUCUAAAAUCAGAAACAGCAUGUUGAAGAAUUU